CGCCUCGACCGCUGGAGCCGGCUUCGAUCCAGCUGGCAACAUGGCGGCAGCGAACACCGCGCACAGCGUCGGCAUGAUCGCGGCGUGGUAUUUUUCAAACAUCGGCGUGAUCCUCCUGAACAAGUACCUCCUCUCCGUGUACGGGUUCCGUUUCCCGGUGUUCUUGACCACGUGCCACAUGGCGAUGUGCGCGCUGCUCUCGCUCAUCGUCCGCGCGUCCGGGAUCGCGCCGAGGCAGAGCGUGAAGAACCGAGCGCACCUUCGAAAGAUCGGCGUGCUGGGGGUCAUCUUCGUCGCCUCAGUCGUCGCGGGCAACGUCUCCCUGCAGCACAUCCCGGUGUCGUUCAACCAGGCGAUCGGCGCGACGACGCCCUUCUUCACCGCGGUGUUAUCGCUGUGCAUCAUGCGACAGAAGGAGACGAUGCAGGUGUACGCGACGCUGGUGCCGAUCGUGUUGGGCAUCGUCGUCGCGUCACGCGCCGAGCCGCUGUUUCAUCUCUUCGGGUUUCUCGCGUGCGUCACCGCGACCUUCUGUCGCGCGCUCAAGUCCGUGAUCCAGGGGAUGCUGCUGUCGAACGAGAGCGAGCGGAUGGAUUCCAUCAACUUGCUGCUGUACAUGUCGCCGAUCGCGCUGUCCGUGUUGUCCGUGGCGUCCACGGUGAUGGAACCCGAAGCCUUCGGCGUGUUUUACGACAACUGCGCGGAAUCGCCGCGGUUCUUCUUCAUCAUCACCCUGAACUGCGUCCUCGCGUUCAGCGUCAACCUGACCAACUUCCUCGUCACGAAGUGCACGUCCCCGCUGACGUUGCAGGUGCUCGGGAACGCGAAGGGCGCGGUGGCGGUCGUCGUGUCCAUCUUGUUGUUUAAGAAUCCCGUCAGCGUCGUCGGCAUGUUCGGGUACGCGGUCACCAUCGUCGGCGUCGCGUGGUACAGCAGCGCGAAGAAGAAGGCGCCGGGGGACCGACGCGGGAAGCGGGAGGGCGUCGGGAAUUCGGCGCUGGGGGGUGGGAGGAUGAGCGAGAAGGUGUGA